AUGCCUUUAAUAACAAUUUCGCAAUCCCUCGAUGAAUCUUAUAACAAGCACAAUAUUAUUCCUGAUGUUAUUGAUCCAUUCGUAACUCAGGGUCUAUUAACUAUAGCAUAUAGUGAUGAAGAUCAAGUGGCUUUGGGUAAUACUCUUAAAGUUCUGAAAACUCAAAAUAAACCUAAAAUUCAAUUCACUUUAAAUAGUUCACAUCAAGAUGGAACGUUUGAACCAAUAUCAAAUAAUGAUAAAUUCAUACUCGUCUUGACUGAUCCUGAUGCACCUUCUAAUACAGAUCAUAAAAACUCGGAAUAUGCUCAUUGGUUAGUCACUGAUUUAAAGUUAUCAACUUCGGAUGCUUCAGAUUCUGGUAAUGAUAUAUCCCAUUUCUUAGAUUACUCGAAAGGUAAAGAAAUUCUUUCAUAUACUGGACCUGCACCUCCACCAAAAACUGGUAAGCAUAGAUAUGUUUAUCUUUUAUACAAACAGGAUUCUCAAUCUUCAAAUUUUCAGACUCCAAAAGGUAGACCAACUUGGGGAACUGGUAUUCCAGGUAGUGGAGUCAGAGAUUGGAUAAAGAAAAAUUCACCAAAUCUGAAAUUAUUGAGUGUUAAUUUCUUUUAUGCUCAAAAUGAAGACAAUUAA